GACAGAUCUCUCUAGCAGAUGAUAGUCUAUCGAUCUAUUAAAAAACUUUUCGAAAAUCUUAUCUGGAUCUGGAUCACUAAGAGAGACUGUCCCUCUAUCCAUCGAUUUUCUAAAAUCACUCUGAAUAUUCAGAGUGAUUUUAGAAAAUCGAUGGAUAGAGGGACAGUCUCUCUUAGUGAUCCAGAUCCAGAUAAGAUUUUCGAAAAGUUUUUUAAUAGAUCGAUAGACUAUCAUCUGCUAGAGAGAUCUGUCGAAUCAGAUUUCAAAAAUGUUAAGAAUUAAAAAAGUUAUUAAAAAGCGAAAUUUGCUUCGCGUUUUAUUCAAAAUUCUCCCUUAUCAACUCUAAAAUUUUAGUUUUCUGCUAGGACAACUUAAAAUUUCAAUUUUUCCUAUAGUACAAUUUUAAGCCUUCCUAUAACAGAUAUUUUAACUUUAUAUUUCACUUUUUUCUCUAGGAAAAAUGGAGAUAUUUCUUACGUUCGGCAGAAUCGAAAAAUUGAAAUUCUUCUUCCGCUGUAGCCACAUGAUCAAAAAUUUUCUUGAAUAGUGGAAUGUAAAAGGGUUUUAAGCUAUUAAUCUAAUGUUUCCUUUUUCAUUGUUUGUUUUAGUCUAUUCUACAAUUAAAAAUUUUAGAAGAAAACGUAAACGUAUUGGUCGACUAAUAUUAAAUAUUGAAUCAAGCAUUUUUGACACAUUAUCAGUCAUCUCUGCAACACCAGGAGUAUCACAAGAAGAUAGAGACGAAAUCUUGUGUCUAUUAGUUGAUGAAUGUGUAUUAAUGUAUACAGAUCAAAUGUUUCAUGGCUGUUGCAACGACGAGACGGAUGGGUAUAUUAAAAUAAUACCAGAUAAUAUUAGUCUGCAAUUUCAAGUCAAAUUGAUUAAGUUUGGUAUCACAGAUAUUGAAACAUAUUUAAAUACAACAAAAAAGUUCAUCAACAGAAUUAAAGAGAAAGUUAAUGGGCGAACCAUCAAAUUAUUAAAUGAAAUAAAAUAUUAUCAGAAUAACAACCCAUAUUUAACCGAUAUUAGUGUGAAUAAUUCAAAUGUUCAUCCGGCGCCAUCUGAUUAUAUUACAAGACACACAGAUUUUGACCUAAAACAGGGACCAUUGCAAACCAUUACAAAUAAUAUGGAGAUUGAAUCAUCAGCACCAGCAAAAAUUGCUCGUUUAGAACUACCCAAAACACAUACAGUACCAAAUAAUGAAAACACAGAACUGCCGUUCGAUGUAACAAUAGCAGAAAAAGCUGAAGAAAGUAUUAUUGUGAAUACCAAAUCACCAUCGAAACAAAAACGAGUUCGUUUAGCAAAUGUAGAACCUUCUGGGGAUGAUGAGGAAUGUACCGGCGAAGAAGUUGUUGGGAAAAACAUAGAUCUGUUCAACAAAACAAGAAAAAAAAUCAAGUUAUUUUUGCCAACAUCGUCUGAACUUUCUACAACAAGACAUUUACCAAUAAUUUCAUUAUUACCAUCGAAUGACAAUAACAACAGUAGUGUUCGACUAUCGAACGAAUUAUGCUUGUUGUGUGCAUUUGAACAAAUCACCCGACUAAUUCAUCAUAAAGAAAUUCAAAACAAAAUCAACAUGGUUACUUCAACGACCACAACAACAUCGUCAUCACAUUCUUCAUUACCGGUUACACCUACGACAAUCAUUAACAACAUUCAAGAAAUAUCACCAUCACUCCGUCCAUCUCAUCAAGAAGAUUCAGCUGAAUUCCUCAGUGGCUUGAUAGAUAAAAUGAUUAUUCACUAUCUACAUUCGCUGCAUCCACCUCAAUGCCUACUACCAUCUUCUGGAACUGAAUAUCAACAUCUUUGUCACAACCAAACUCCAAUUCAUUCAAUAUUAAGCCUUCUAUUACGAUCUCGAGUUACAUGUUUGAAAUGCAAUAAAAUAAUCGACAACUAUGAAUCAAAUUUUCUCUGGCCAAUUAACAUUCAAAACGUCAUUAAUCAAAGAAUAAUAAAUCAUUAUCAUAUCCAGCAAUCAUUAAAGAAUUUCGUAACGCUUGAAAUAAUGGAAAAUGAUAAUUCAUAUCAAUGUGAAAAUUGUAAUUUAACGAUAGCUAGAAAACGUUAUACAAUACACCAACAAUCCAAUAUUUUAUUAUUACAACUGAAAAGGUUUCAAUAUGGUUGUGCAUCUCAGAAAUUAGUUCAUCUAGUUCAAUAUCCACAAUUUUUAAAUAUUUAUGAUUAUCUUAGUGAAGAAACUCAACAAACGACGUCCAUCAACCAAUGUUAUUAUCGUUUAUUUUGUGUCUUGAUACAUGCUGGAAGUACAGCUGAGAAUGGGCACUAUUAUUCAUUUGUUCACGCUCCAAACAUACUAUGGUACCGAGCAGACGACUCUACAGUGAUCAACGUUGAUUUAUCACAAGUAUUGAACCAUCCUGAUGCAUAUAUCCUGUGCUACGUUAAACAUGGAACAUCGCCACCAACCACAGCCAUAUCCAACACAUCACAAGAAUAUUCACAAAUUAAUCCAGAAAAAAAUCAUCUUGUCUGCAUCAAUCCAUAUGAUCCUAUUAAUUAUGAUAUACACCUGGUUAAGAACUACAGCGGUUAUUUCGAUAAACCACAACAGCAGAAGAAUACUGAGAACGAUAAAGAAGAAAAUAGAAAUAAAAAUGAUAUUGGUAAAACUAGUGAAGAUCAAGGCAUUGCAGGUGAGUCAAAAUUAACCAUAACAAUAACAAAGAAUAAUGAGAAAGCUACCCAUAGAACUAGUGAAGGUCAAGGCAUUGGAGGUGGGUCAAAAUCAACCAUAACCAUAACAAAGAAUAAUGAGAAAGAUAAAGAUUUGGAAGAAACAACUCGUCUUUGUUCCGUAGCAAACGAAACAGAAAUUGCACCUAAUUUCGAUAAAGAAUUAUCCACAACAUAUCAAUUUCGGCUUGAACCAUACGAUUUAAUUAAACUAAACCAAAAAAAAGCUGAAUUUCAACAACGGUGUCGAAAUAUAAAAUUAACACAAAUGGGUAUACCAUUGAUCGAUAAUAAACACCAAUUCUUCACAUCUAACAAUAAUAACCUUCAUCAUCAUCGCCACCCAUCUCGACUUCUACUUAACAAGAACUCUAAACAAAAUCAACGUGAUCUUAUCAAGCGGAAGGUUGACGUCUCAUGGUUUUACAUUUUAUAUAACUAUUUGAAGAAAUAUAAUCCACAUUGUGCAUUAUGUAUACAAAAAGUGAAAUAUUCGACCAAAGAGCAAUCUUUAUCAAAACCAACUGAUUAUUUGUUACAUGGCUAUUUAUAUUGCAAGGGAAGACCAAAAUGUGCUUUUAGAUGUGUUAUUUUUGUUUUGAAUAGUGGUCAGUGUUAUGUUACUACAAAAAGAAAUGAAAAUUUCAUUUCUCAUUUGAUUGAUCGACCGGUGGCUAGGCCAAUUCGCCAUCCUUUAAGAAGUGAUAUACAGGAAUCUUUAGCAUCAUCCAGCAGCACAAUAACAUUUCUUCAGAAGCGCAUCCAACGAAGAAAAACAGUCUUACAACUACGACUCUACCGGAAUUACCAGCAAUGUGUAUAAAACAAUCAAGAAUGAAAACACUUCAAAUCAAUUAUUGAAUAAUAGUGUUGAAGUUUCAUUAGAA